AUGGCAAAUAGAUCCGCGGAGAACACUUCUCAGGGGUGCCCCACAGUUAUCAACGAGAUUUGGUUUGAUCUUGGCUGCCUUGUUCCAGCUCUUUUCAUCAUUUUUAUACUGGCCUUUGUCAAGCCAAGAGUCAAAUUUGAACCUCAAAACUGCAAUUGUUAUCAUGGUUUGCUGAUACCAUUUAAUUUUUUAGGUGGUUUUAGCAACAGAUUCACCAUUGCUGUUAUAUUUGGAGCCACCUCUAGUACAUGCCUGGAUAUAUUUUUACGUCCAAAAGAUGGAAUUUUUCAGAUGGCUGACCCAGCUGGAUGGGUGCAGGUUUUUCAGGAUAUUGUCACUGUUCUUGUAUACGGAAUCCUGUUCUAUCCAGUUUUUGCCUGUCUGACAACUGACAACAGAUUGGUUGGGUCUUUGCUGGGAUUUCUUUAUGUUACAAUCAGAUUCGCCUUCAAACUAGGGAUGGAGUUUCAGUGUGUAAUAUACUUGAAGGAAGAGUACCAGAAGGAGUUAUUUUACCUGGAAUAUCUGGGGUUAGUUCCAAUCAACCUUUGCCUUGCAUUCAUUUGGAUGAAGUUCGGUCUCCUGCUCUAUCGUGAAGUGAGAAAGAAGUGUUUCCCAUCUGAGAGCUGGGGUGGCGAGGAAAUCCGCAAUAAGCGUUUGGCGAGUGAAAUUGAAAUCGCUCACAUGACGGAACUUCUGAACCCAGGAUCAAUUUCGGGGAAUAAGGUUGGAUUAAACUGGUUUUCAUGUCUGCUUCGUUGUUUCUACAAACCAAGGAAAGAUUUCAAAUUUUCGACACAAUUCAUUUCAGCAACGUUGGUUAGCGCUUUAACGAUCUUUCAGGUCUUCAUGGCAGUGUUUUCCUUAAUGGAAGAAUUAAGAGGAGCAUAUAUUGAAGCAUACAUAAAUAUUGGUGACACCAGCUCGGCUGAUUUUGAAGACGUCCUCUAUAAUGGGUUAGAAGCAGGACUUGUCUUGUCUGCUUUCAUUUCUCUUUCAGUGUUGCUCCACUUCAUGAAAUGCCAUCGAGAACACGUGCUUCAGUUUUAUCAAGGGCAAGCAACAUUUUCAAAGGACCUACUCUCGACUCCUGCAGCUUCAGUGGGGGAGAGUCUCCGAUUUUCUGGAUAUCAGAUAGCAUACACAUUGAUUGGUUUUGGGAUCCUGACAACUUUUCUGUCAACUGUGGCUGCUGCUUUAGCAAUCGUUAUCGAAUAUCCGGAAGAACUGCUCACCCCAGAAUCAUGGAAUUAUUUAAGAGAAACCGGAAUUGCUUUGUUACCAACUUUGGCCUUAGCUAUUUUUCUGAUGUUGUUCCAGUUGUUUCUAACACAUUUCGUCUUCCGUGACUCGACUUAUCAGAACAUCACUGUCACAAUUGAUAACAGGCGGCUAUUCUCUAUCAUGUCGUACUUUUUCUUCUUCUACAACAUAAUUCUUGGAAUUUUCUCUGCUUUCAUGAGAAUUCUAAACGGCAUACUUUUAGGAGUGAUAUUCAUCUCUCGUAUUGACCGUUCAUCACUGAUGCAGGGUUUCCAGGCUUGGGACAAAGCUUUUGUCGCAUACCUUGGUUUUGUGACUGUGCUGGUUGCCCACAGACAACCCGUGAUGCUGGUGUUCUGUCAGUUGCUUAUUGACAGACAAAAAUAUUACCAGCCCUUGCAAAAGCGCUUUAGUCGGGAGUCCCGUCGGCCGCGCAUGUCAAAAAAGGCUGCCAACCGCUGGUUCCUGGCCGUGACUCUCUUACGCAACCCAUCUCUUGUCAAGUCCCGCCGCCAAGGCCGCCAUAUCACAGCGUCUGUUGUGACUCAUGGAUGCGUCAACGUUGACGUUCAAAUGUAAACUCCGCUCUAUCUGGUUCACUUUGUCGGAGAUCCGCUAUAGUUUGGGGUAAAGAUCACAAAAUGCAGGGGGUUCCCUCAUUAGUUACUACAGUAUGAAUUAGUCUGUAUUUGAGUGUUGAUGUUGCAUUUCUUGUUGUUUUUGUGUUUGUUUCGUUGUUUCGUUGUUUUUGGUUUUUAACUUUUGUUGAGUCAAAAUAUUACUCCCUUAAUAGUGCCGCCUUAAAUUCUAGGCUAAGCUUUAAGUCUAUUAAGCGCGUAGAUUGUGAUGGAGGAGUGAGAGAGGAACCACACAAAGUGCUUAUUAAGAUUUAAAAAUGUAGAUUUUUAUUGCUGGCUUCGGAAAUGAGAAUUAUGUUAUCUGGAAAGCAUGGAAAGGCAAAUUGUAGCAUUUGCAACUGAAGAUGGCUCUUUCGUAAAUCUA